CCUCCCUUACCUGGGGCAGGCCCUGCCCAGGCGGCCAUCAGAGACAGAGCCGCGCCUGGGGCCAUGGAAGAAAGCCAGACCUGGGAAGCCUGGGACUCCUCUGGGGGGUGGCCAGCCCCCCGGGAGGCCAGAGGAGGCCCAUCGCUGUCCUCCGUUCUCAACGAGCUCCCCAGUGCAGCUACCCUUCGGUACCGAGGCCCCGGGGUGCUGCCUUGGGGGGUGCUGGAGGAGGAGGAGGAGGAUGGAGGAAGGAGCAUGCAGGCCUUCACAGAAGCCGCCCAAAAGGAGCUGCAAGAACCUCACUCUUCCCGGGAACUGCCCUGGCCCAUGCAGGCCAGACGGGCACACAGGCAGCGCCACGCCAGGGACCAAGUGGCCUAUGGCUCGGGAUCUAGAGCAGCCCAAUGGGCCCAGGUGCUUCAGAGAUCCAAGGAGAAGAUGAGGGGAGGCCUGCGCACCCUGCAGCCCUGGGGAUGGACCCUGAAGAAGAUCGGGGGCCAGUUUGGCGCCGGCACCGAGUCCUACUUCUCCCUGCUGCGCUUCCUGCUCCUUCUCAACGUGCUGGCUUCUGUGCUUACGGCCUGCAUGAUGCUGCUGCCCACCUGGUUGGAAGGGGCUCCCCCAGGCCCUCCCGAUCCUGGAACCUCUUCGCCCUGCGGCUCCUAUAACCCCUACCAACAGGGCCUGGUCACCUUCCCCACCCAGCUCUUCAACUUGCUCUCGGGAGAAGGUUACUUAGAAUGGUCCCCUCUCUUCUAUGGCUUCUACCCGCCCCGCCCACGCCUGGCAGUCACCUACCUGUGCUCAGUCUUUGCCAGUGGUCUCAUCUCCCUCCUGCUCAUCCUGCAUCGCUCAGUGUCCGGGCUGAAGCAGACACUGUUGGCCGAGUCGGGGGCUCUGACCAGCUACAGCCACCGGGUGUUCUCAGCCUGGGACUUUGGCCUCUGCGGGGACAACCACGUGCGACUGCGCCAGCGCAUCCUCCUGUAUGAGCUGCAGGUGGAGCUGGAGGAAGCAGUGGUGCGGCGCCGGGCUGCGGGGCGGACGCUGGCCCAGCACGUCAGGGUUUGGUUGGUGCGGGUGCUGGUCAACCUGCUGGUGGUCGCGCUCCUGGGGGCAGCCUUCUAUGGCAUCUACUGGGCCACGGGGUACACCGUGGAGCUGCAGGGGACGCCCUUUGUCCAGCAGAUGCCACUGUUACAGCUGGUGAUGAAUUACCUUCCGUCCAUCUUCAUCUCCGGGGUCAACUUCGUGCUGCCGCCCGUGUUCGCCCUCAUUGCCCCACUGGAGGGCUACACUCGGAGCCGCCAGAUCGUUUUUAUCCUGCUCAGGACUGUGUUUCUCCGCCUCGCCUCCCUGGUGGUCCUGCUCUUCUCUCUCUGGAAUCAGAUCACUUGUGGGGGCGACGCGGAGGCUGAGGAGUGCAAAACUUGUGGCUACAAUUACAAAGAGCUUCCGUGCUGGGAGACUCGGCUUGGCCAGGAGAUGUACAAGCUUCUGCUUUUUGAUCUGCUGACUAGCUUGGCAGUCAUGUUACUUAUCCAGUUUCCUCGAAAGCUUCUGUGUGGUCUCUGUCCUGGGGCGCUGGGUCGUCUGGCGGGGACCCUGGAGUUCCAGGUACCCGACGAGGUGCUGGGGCUCAUCUACUCACAGACAGUGGUCUGGGUGGGCAGUUUCUUCUGCCCUUUACUGCCCCUGCUCAACACAGCCAAGUUCCUGCUGCUUUUCUUCUUGAAGAAGCUCACCCUCUUCUCCAUCUGCUCCCCGGCCUCCCGCACCUUCCGGGCCUCCACAGUGAAUUUCUUUUUCCCCUUGGUCCUUCUUUUGGGUCUGGCCGUCUCUGCGGUUCCCGUGCUUUAUAGCAUCUUCCUGAUCCCACCUUCUAAGCCGUGUGGUCCAUUCCGGGGACAGCCAUCCAUCUGGGCCCAGAUCCCAGAGUCUAUUUCCAGCCUCCCUCAGACCGUCCAGAACUUUCUCUUCUUCCUGGGAACCCAGGCUUUUGCUGUGCCUCUUCUGCUGAUCUCCAGCAUCCUGAUGGCGUACACUGUGGCUCUGGCCAACUCCUAUGGACGCCUCAUUUCUGAGCUCAGACGUCAGAUAGAGACGGAGGCACAGAAUAAAGUUUUCCUGGCACAGCGUGCUGUGGCGCUGAGCUCGACCAACGGGGCUCUUUGACCUCCCCAGCCUGGCUCAGGAUCGCGUUCCACUUUCAGACCCCAGACCUGCCUCCAGACCCUUUGUAACCCUCGGUUACUUCAUGCGUAAACUAGAAUUGGAGAAGGCCCCUCGCCGCCCAGUCCCCGACUCUAGUGAACCCCUUUCUUGUAUCAAUAAACACAGCCGAGGUCGC